UUUAAAAGUCAGUAUUUCUUCAGUGUUGGACUCUAGCAAGAAAAGCUCUACUUCAGCAACAAAAGAAUCUUUCUUCAUUGUCCCCAAAAUACUAUGGUGGAGAGUUAAAAGUGAAACAAUAGCAGAGGAUGACUCUGUAUAACCAGUCAGCAGAGCUCUCUCUCCAGAGCUCAGCAAACAAGUCAUUAAAUUUCACUGAAACACCCCUGGCUUUGAAUGAAAGGACACUCUUAGGACUGAAGAUCUCACUGGCAGUCCUUCUGUCUGCUGUCACUUUGGCAACGAUCCUUGCAAACGUUUUUGUUGUUAUUACAGUUCUUCUGACUAGAAAGCUCCACACACCUGCAAAUUUCCUCAUCGGCUCCCUGGCAGUGACAGAUCUUUUGGUGUCUGUCCUGGUGAUGCCCAUCAGCAUUGCUUACACUGUCACCCACACCUGGGCCUUUGGCCAAGUGUUGUGUGAUAUCUGGUUGUCAUCAGACAUCACCUGCUGCACAGCAUCAAUCCUGCACCUCUGUCUCAUUGCCCUGGACAGAUACUGGGCUGUCACUGAUGCUCUGGAAUAUGCCAAGCGCCGGACAGCUGCCCGGGCUGUGCUGAUGGUUGCUGUGGUCUGGGUGAUAUCUGUGAGUAUUUCUGUGCCACCGCUUUUCUGGAGGCAAGUGAAAGCUCAUGAAGAAAUUGCCAAGUGUGCUGUGAACACAGAUCAGAUCUCCUACACGAUAUAUUCUACCUGUGGAGCUUUCUACAUCCCAACAGUGCUCCUGCUGAUAUUGUAUGGUAGAAUUUAUGUAGCAGCUCGAUCCAGGAUUCUGAAGCCACCCCCAUUAUAUGGGAAACGUUUCACUACUGCACACCUGAUCACCGGCUCUGCGGGGUCCUCCCUCUGCUCCAUUAAUGCCAGCCUUCAUGAAGGGCAUUCCCAUUCAGGUGGAUCCCCAAUAUUUAUCAGUCAUGUCACAAUAAAACUUGCAGAUAGUGUCCUGGAAAGGAAAAGAAUUUCUGCUGCAAGAGAAAGGAAAGCCACAAAAACUUUAGGUAUUAUUCUGGGAGCUUUCAUUUUCUGCUGGCUGCCUUUUUUUGUUGUCGCCCUGGUCCUGCCCAUCUGCCAAGAUGCUUGUUGGCUUCACCCCAUCCUGCUGGACUUUUUUACGUGGCUAGGUUACUUAAACUCCUUGAUCAAUCCCAUAAUUUACACAGCCUUUAAUGAAGAAUUUAAACAGGCUUUUCAAAAACUAAUACAUUUUAAGAUGUGUUCAUUUUGAGCCUCUCCUGUUGUGUUCCUGACCCUUGGCAAUCUUGCAGCCUACCUGGAAUCUUUUUGUGCUUUUAUUCCAAAGGUUUGUAUUGGAAGCUGCCAGUGCUGCUGCUACCCUGUGCUGUGCAUGCAAUUGGUAAUUUUUUUCCUAUUCUGGAAUUCUGUAUCCCAUAGCAGAACUUGUCUGUGGUCUCUGCAGUGAUUGU